AUGUCUUUGGUGCACCAGAGCUAUGCUGCGAGAGAGCGCCGUGCUCUGCCACAAGGGGUGUCGCCCAGCAUGGCAUACCAGCAGCCGUGUUUGAAUGCCGAUGGUUUUGGUGUGGGUUGGUAUGCCCAGCAAGCUCCGAUACCCUGUGUCUUCACGUCGCUGAAGCCCGCCUGGAACGACCCCAAUCUCCGUAACUUGUCCGAGGAGGUGCGAUCGCCUUUAAUUUUCGCUCACAUCCGUGCAGCUGGCCCGUCCUCCAGUGUCAACGAAGCCGCCUGCCAUCCAUUCAAAGCCGGCCGCUUCCUCUUUGCUCACAACGGCCUGGUCGGGAACUUUUCGCAGAUCCGACGGCAGCUCCUGGCGGGCUUGAAUGAGUAUGCAUUUAGCGUCACGCUGGACCACUCCUGUAUUGAUUCCGUCGUCGCUUUUGGUAUUUUCCUGACAGAGCUUGGGGUGUGCAGUGACGAAGAUGCAACAGCGGAGCAUUCCGCAGACGAGAUGUGCGGUGCCCUUUCAAGGACCGUGCUUCGACUCACCCAAGCUGCUGCGGAAUACGGGCCCGAGGAGUCACUGCUGAACUUGAUGGUGACUGACGGCCAGCGCAUCGUGGCCUGCCGCUAUGGCACGGCCCCAGCAGAGACGCAGGAGGAGGGCCAGGAGGUUCCCCUGGGCGCGACCUUGUACUUAAGUGUUGGCUCCCGUUGGGUGGCUUCGCCCGAUGAUCCUCAGACCUACCGCAUGAAGAAGGGCGCCGAUAUCAAGAGCUGCACUGCGAUUCUUUCCUCGGAGCCCUUGACCCACAUCCGGGAAGAGUGGCUUCCAAUCGCGCCGAACAGCAUCGUGCUGUGCGGUCGCACUCGGGGAGAGGGCCAGGCAAUUGACACACUGAUGUUUCCCCUGAAAUGUGGACCGGUGGUGGGUCUCAGUGCUCUUACAGGUGUGGAGUCCGCACCAAAAGCAACGAAAAACAUCCUGCUUGGUGAAUCGCAGGAAGGCUUGAACGAGAUCCCUGACACCCAUCAGGACAUUUGGAUGUCAAUCACAGCGACGACGGAUUCUGGAGAUGUGAAUUGCCUCGCGACCCUUUCAGACAGCCUGUUUGUGGCUGGGUCCAUGGACGGGUCUCUGCGAUUCUUCGACAGCGAUGAAGGCCAGGCACUCGCGGUUCGUCAUCACAGCCAAGCCAGUGGGCCGGUCCUCUCACUGCUCUUCAUCAGAAGAGACAAUGAUUCACCCGGCUCUUCCCAUCGUGGGGAUGAGUCGCCACUAGAAAGCUUGGGGAGUCCGGCAGACAGCACCUUGGCAUCCCCACGGUCGCCAACGGAAGCUGGACCCCUCAGCUUUGGCCGGACGCAGUCAGAGGACCUGCACAGCAGAGGCAUGUCCGCGGGCUGUCUAGGUGCCGCUGCCAAGCUGAAGCUGAACGAGCCGGAGAUCUUGGCUUCUCGGGUACCGAAGGCCACCACCUUGGACUUGCUUCUCAGCACCUCGAUCAACGAGCUGCGCGUCUGGGACGUGACGGCGCUGCUCCAUGCAGAGGAGCAAAGCGAUGAUGACACGACCGUGCCUUGUCUUUUCUGCUUCCACUUUGCACCGAAUCAGGGGCAUCUGCUGAGCAUCGCCGGCAGCCUGCAGACCGUGAUCUUGGGCUUUCAGAGCACGAACCUCUUCUGUUUGCGGCUGCUGGAGGGCUGGGCGAAGCUCCUGCAAGCGAAGACUCGGACGCGGACCACCAGGCACUACACCUUCAACAUCGACCUCGCCAAGAAGAAGCCCAACACUCCUCCUGGGCCCAACAAGUUUAGUCACCACAGUUUGCUGGAGCUUUGGCAAAGCUGCAAUCAGCGACACAUGGGCUUCGUGCAUUGCGUGGUCCAAGAACCGCUGAGUGGUAUUGUGGCAUCUGGUGGUGGAGAUGGCCGCAUUGUCUUCUGGGAGAAGGGUAAGGCGGUUUGCUGCUUCAAUCACGGCGGGCCAGUUCUUGCCUUGGCCGCCUGCGCCACUUCGAAAGCACUCUAUUCUGGGGAUGCCUAUGGGCGCAUUCGCGUCUGGGAUGCGGCUUCAGUUCAGCACGGAAGCAAAGCCGUCCUCAGCUCAGGAGGCGGCUGUGCUGCUGCCAUCCUGGCGUUGGCCACGCUGGGAGACCAGAACUUGAUUUGCGAGGGCCCGCCCGUUGUGAUCUCAGGAGAUGCAGCAGGAAGCCUUCGCCUCUGGGAUGCAGACAAAGGCACCCUCCUUCGCGAGCUUCCCACGGGGGCGAGCUGCUGUGCUGCCGUCUCCCCACUCGGGAUGAGGUUGUCUUCGACGGUGUCGUCUGGGCGAUAUGCCCUUCGGGUCGUGACCGGUGGCUGCAAUUCCGGCACCAUCCACGCCGCUUACUUGGAUGUGAACACGGGCACCAAGACGUCUCGGCCGAUGCUCUCCCCGCCCAGCCGUGUCUGCGGCCGCUUCUGCAAAAAGAAGGACUGCGGCCACGAGGACGCAGUCGAGUUUCAGAGGCUGGUAACCCUUCUGGGCGAGUUCGUCGCUUUCCAGACGGUCUCAAGUGACAGCCGACAUGAGCCGGACAUGCAGAAGGCGGCCUCCUGGCUCGCCCGGCGCUUCGAAGAACUCCUCGGGGCCACAGUGCGGAUUUGCAAUGGGGCAGUUGUCGCCAGAUGCGGUUGGGACCUGAACAAGCCUCUCGUAAUCAUGUAUUCGCACUAUGAUGUCGUUGCUGCUGGGAAGGGAUGGCACACCGAUCCCUGGACCAUGCGGGUGGAAGAUGGAUACUUCUACGGCCGUGGGGUGAGCGACAACAAAGGUCCGCUGCUGGCACAGAUAUUUGCAGUCCGGAGGCUGCUUCAGCACAGCGAUUCCUCAGACUUCUGCCUGGCCGGUUUUGACUUGGAAACCACGCAGGAGGAGGAAUGCCCCGUUAACGUCCUGUUCAUUGUGGACGGCCACGAAGAAAGUGGCGACCCCAGCAACACGCUUCGUGUGGUGCGAGAGGCACGCAGCGAUGGGUGGCUGCGCGGUAACACGGUCGGCCUGAUCGUCAACAACUCCUCAUGGAUUGAUGAUGAGCGGCCGUGCCUGUGCUAUGGCAUGAGAGGCGUCCUGGAUCUGGAGGUGGCCAUCCAGGGCGGAGAGCGCGACUUGCACAGCGGCGUGAACGGCGGCUUGCUGCCGGAGCCGACCUUUGACUUGAUGUCCUUGAUCUCCUCCUUGACCGAUGCCACUGGGGUUCCCACGGUGGCCGGGCUCUCCGAAAGUCUCUGCAAUAUCCAAGACGAGGACCUCGUGAACUUGUCCGCGGCCGGGCAGCAGAUGUCCGUGGAGAAGAUUUGCCAGCGACUGGGUAUUCCCAAUGGCCAUGCCGGCCCCGGUUGGCUGCAGAGCUUUCAGAAUCCAGGCAUGGAAGCGCUGAAGAGAACAUGGCUGCAGCCCUCGAUCUCCAUCACAGAGAUUGGAAAAGGCCCCAGGCACCUGCAUGGACGGCACAUCGCGAACCGUGCCUCCUGUGUGGUUUCCGUGCGCACCACCCCAGGCCAAAAGCCCGAGGAUGUGGUGGGGUGCCUGAAGCAGCACCUGCAGCACGA